CUCCGUUUGUUUCUGCUGGCGGCACAGAGGCGCAGAGGCACACUGGUACUCUGGUACUCUGGUCCAUGUUGUUUACGUAUUCAUAUUCACACUUGAUGUUUAACUACCCGGCAGAAACUCAAACCGUCUCAUUUUUAUCUUGGAAGUAACAACAGCCGUGCGCUGAAACAAUAAUGCCUAUUGCGUGCUCGGCGCUCGGAUGUACCAACCGCUUUAUCAAAGGCUCUGAGAUCCGCUUUUAUAGAUUCCCUAUCAGCAAGCCUCAGUUAGCUGAGCAAUGGGUGCGAAGCCUAGGUAGAAAGAACUUUGUCCCGACCACAAACUCCUGCCUGUGCUCUGAGCACUUCCAGCCUGAUUGCUUCCGCGAUUACAAUGGAAAACAGUUCCUGAGGGAAGAUGCUGUGCCUACUAUUUUCUCUAACUGGCCCAAGGCAGGGGGCGAUGGCACAAAGAUUGAAUUAAGGAAAAGCAGAGGAGGGCUGGUAACAAAAGAUGAAUCAAAUCGCCUUGGUUCACUUCCUGAUGGAGCCAGACAAUUCAAUAAGGAGAGGAGACAAACAGCUAGAGAGACCAGCCUAAAGGGAAGGACCAUAAACGAUGGCUACAAGAGACGUGGUGGGGCAAAAAUCCCUUCCAGUGACAGACAAGGCAUGGCAGCUAAGAGUAAAGUGUACGACAGCCAAGGUCUUCUUAUCUCCUGCGGGCGGGACUUGUGCGAUUGUCUGGACGUGGACUGCAUGGGCUGCUUCUACCCCUGCCCUGACUGCGGCUCCCGCAAGUGCGGUGUAGAGUGCCGCUGUGACAGAAAGUGGCUGUACGAGCAGGUGGAGGUGGAGGGAGGCGAGAUCAUCCGAAACAAAUACGCAGGCUAGCUGACGUGAAUAAAGAGGUUGUGGGGGCUAAUGAAUAUGGUAUAUUUUACAUGUUGGUUGCAUGGGGAAAAAAGUGGUUCAACCAAAAGUCACAUUUCCUCAGUUUUCCUCUUGCUCUAAAUGGAGUUUGUUGGCCGAGACAUGUUUGAUGUCUGAAGUCUUCAGUUUUGCACUACAGCUUUGGGGCUAAUGCAGCUUAUACCCAUGUGUUAAGAGUUAUGCAAACUGAAUGCCUAAGAGGGUCUCAUUCUUACCUCAAACUGUGUCAAGCUGAUCAGUAAUCUCAGAUGUUUUUUUCUGACGCUGUAUGAUAUACUGUUAUCUAUGAACAUUAAAGAGGUUAUGCUGGAUGCAUUAGACUUGUUCCAGUGCAAAACUGAAACACAAACUUAAGACAUAAUAAUCUGUCCUGGCUGGUCAACUACAUUUGGGGUAAGAGGUAAAAAAGUGUGUGUUUAAUUUUUUGCUGAACGAUCAUGUUAAAGGGGAAUUCCACAUAUUUUUUUCCUAAUUUUUGCAUAAUUGAUAAUAAUUGCAUAAUUGUUGAGAAAUAAACAAAGUCAGUGUUUUACUGUGAACUGGUGCAUUGUAGAGAAACUUGCAUCUGCGGUCAUAAUGUCAGCAACUCAAAUAUAGUGAUUUCAUUUGCUAUCCAAAACGAUCAGUGAACCUACAUACCUUCUGAGUUAUUAUAUGUAGUCUAGAUAAUGGUAAAAUGUGAAACAUUUUCUCAGCCAUUAGGCAACAUAUUCAUAACCAUUUAGUCUAUAAGCUUCCCGUAAUGUAAUUUUUGGAGUCAUUAAACACUGCAGAUGUCUAGUUCCUAUCAGCACCAUUGCGAAAAGUUCUGACUCGGCAAGUUGGCCUAUAGCGCAUUUCACAUAAGACCACUCUGAAUGACUUUGUUUGUGUCUUAACAAUUUAGUUUUGCAGAAAAUCUGAGAAAUUCUCCUUUUAAGACUUUUUUUCUUUGUGGAGAGAGAGAGUGCAACACUAAGGCACGCAAGGACGACCAGGUUUAAAGUGAAGGCCGAAUGGAUAUUAUGGGACAGUGCUGGCUGUUUAUAAUAUUGUUUUCCACAGGUGCCAUGGGGAAAAAGGAUCAUUACAUGACUGUAGAGAGAAUUACUUUAAUGCUCUGCAGGUAAUAUAAUCUUAACAUUGUGACACUGCUGGGAAUUUGUUCAUUCCGGAGCCUUUUUGAUUUCAGAAAUAUUGGUGUUUCUUUUCCUCAACUGAUAAUGUGGACAUUCUUGCUUUGGCAGUGCUGAGAUGUUUGUCUCGUGGUGUCCUUCAUAGCGAAUAGAUUGGAUAGACCGGCCUUUAGAAAUCGAAUCAAACACAAGUUUUCUCCGCACUGUUGUCGGCUCCACUGUAAAUCUAAUAUGUAUUUCAGGCUUUACGCACUAUCCAGAAGUCUAAAGCAGCCGUGCCAUUAAAGUUACACUGCUGCAGUGUUAUCAACAGCAUAUAUUGCUUUUACACCCUGAAAUGUUUGUUCAUUAAAGGUUUUUGUUUUUUUGUUA